CGCCAGAACAUCAUUCCUCAUGCCGAGCAUCAGAUUGGAAUGCGCUCUCGUUUCACACUCAUGUAGAGACCUUAUCUGGAAAAGAAGUAAUGUGCAGGAACCCAUGGCACCCGUGCGCCCCGUUUGCCAUCUAGAUUUGGCACUAGAAACAUAAUCAUACCCCGCCACUUGAAUUGUUUGUAAGGAACAGGUGAGGGUGCCCAAAUCAUCCACAUACCUCUUUAUUCCACUAAAAAAAACUAUGGUCAUGGCCGCCCAAGAGCAAACGCAGUCGCAGCGGGCUCCGGUUCGAGUCGGAUUCUAUGAUAUUGAGCGCACGCUGGGAAAAGGCAAUUUUGCAGUUGUGAAGCUGGCGAGACAUCGUAUCACAAAAUCAGAGGUGGCCAUUAAGAUCAUAGACAAGACCCAGCUGGAUGCUGUGAACCUGGAGAAGAUCUACAGAGAGGUAGAAAUCAUGAAGUUGCUGGACCAUCCGCACAUCAUCAAGCUUUACCAGGUAAUGGAGACCAAAAACAUGCUCUAUCUAGUCACAGAAUAUGCCAGGAAUGGCGAGAUAUUCGACUACCUGGCCAGCCGCGGGCGGCUCAGCGAGAUGGACGCGAGGAGGAAGUUUUGGCAGAUCCUCUCAGCGGUGGAGUUCUGCCACCAGCGCAACAUUGUUCACAGGGACCUGAAGGCUGAGAACUUGUUACUGGAUGCUCACAUGAAUAUCAAGAUAGCAGAUUUUGGCUUUGGUAAUUUCUUCCGUCCCGGGGAGCCUCUGACCACCUGGUGUGGCAGCCCCCCGUAUGCAGCUCCAGAAGUGUUCGAGGGUCAGCAGUAUGAGGGUCCACAACUGGACAUCUGGAGCAUGGGGGUGGUUUUGUACGUGUUAGUCUGUGGCGCUCUUCCAUUUGACGGCCCCAGUCUUCCAGUCCUCAGACAGAGGGUCCUGGAGGGCCGUUUCCGCAUCCCCUACUUCAUGAGCGAAGACUGUGAGCACCUGAUCAGGAAGAUGUUAGUUCUAGAUCCGUCCAGGCGCUUGUCCCUGAGUCAGAUCAAAGAGCACCGCUGGAUGGUGCAGGAGGUCCCGUCCCAGCGCCCCGUGCUUUACAGACAGGGCCUGCCCAGCGACAGUAAAACAGGAUUGGGUGAGCACAGCGAGCAGGUGCUCAGACUCAUGCACAGCCUCGGCAUUGACCAGCAGAAAACCAUAGAGUCUCUCCAGAACAAAAGCUAUAACCACUUUGCUGCUAUCUACUACCUGCUUGUGGAGCGCUUGAAAGCGCAUCGCAGCAGUUUCCCUGUGGAACAGCGUUUGCACGCCAGCCAGCGCCGCCCUAGCACCGUCGCUGAGCAGACUGUUGUCAAGACCAAUGCAGUUCCAUCCCAAGUAGGCACCCUUCCACAGGCGGCACGUCACCUGCGUUCUCCUGUUCUCCUGCAGUCCACCAUAGAUACGUUUACCUUCCCACAAACCCCUGCUUCACCAGACCAGACACUCAUAGAGGAAGAUGUGGCCACUCCCAAGGUGAAUGGCUACUUACUGGACCCGCUCCCUCCAGUCGCCGCCCGCAAAGUCAGCGGCUCUCUGCCUGGCAACGUUAUGGAGACGUCCAUCGACGAGGGUAUUGAGGCUGAGGAGGAGCACGCUGUCCCUCUCGCCGCCUUUCAUACUGCUCGCUUUAGUCAGCGACGACAUACUCUGUCUGAGGUCACCAAUCAACCUCCUGUGCUGCCCAUCACAGAUCUGAACCCAUCUCUGGGUAGUAUGGACUCAGAAUACAGCAUGGGUUCUACUCAAAGUGACUUCAGUCUGCCUGAAGAGAAUCCAGUUCUGAAAGAUAUAUUAAGCACUACACCUGCCAGCUCCACCGCACCGGUCUUCCUCAACAUGAAGCCUCCUGACCCAACGCUACAGACCAUCAACCCAGAAGGACGGGAUGCUCACAACCAUUCCCUUGUCAUGUUCAGAGAGGGGAGGCGGGCGUCUGAUACGUCUCUCACACAAGGUUUAGGUACAUUCAGGCAGCAUCUACAGAACCUGGCCAGGACCAAAGGCUUCCUGGAGCUGAACAAAGCACAGUUAGUGUUUGGAGAUGCUGGAGGAAAUGCAAACCUCGCCAUCAACACGCAGGAGCUCUCAGACCCUCAUCAUCCAUAUGGUCACCAGGGAGAUGGCCGCCAGUAUCCAAGUGGAAAAGAUACAAUGGUUUUUACUGGUAAAAUGCACCCCUAUCUGCUGUCUAGAAGACAGAGUUUGGAGACACAGUACCUCACUCAGAGACAACAGAGGGCCAGUCAGUUGGCGAGUGGUCUUGGAAGUGGUCAGGUGUUUUGUAAAGAGGCUGCACCACGCACUUUGGAGCAACAGCUACAGGAGCACAGACUGCAGCAGAAACGGCUCUAUCUCCAGAAGCAGUCUCAGGUACAGGCUUAUUUCCAUCAGAUGCAGCUGGCAGAAGACCCCCAGCAGGGCAGCAGUCCCCUUUCUAGCCCUCCUUUCACAAGAACCCAAACCCUAACCCCUUUUCUGGAGCCCAGGACUUCAUCCAACCCGUACAGCCCCAAAUCAACCAUCUAUCCAGAAUGGCCUUCGACACCUCCAUCUAUAUCUUCAGACAGCCACACAAACUACACACCAUCCCUCCCCACGGAGCCUCUCUACGCGUGGAUUCCUGCCCAGUCUGGCUUCCCUUCAGGUAAAGCGGAGUCUCCUUCAGCCCAGCCCGCACCUGAGACGCCCUUCCUGGACUGCGAUAUGGAGACCGCGGAGGCCCCGCAAGGCUGUGUACUGGUCAACUAAAGGUUUCCGGGUGAAAUAAGCCACACUGAGGCUGGAUCUCAGGCAUGACUCGUUUUAAAGAUGUUUCGAGGGAAGAAAACCCUCAGGGUCAAACAGGAUGGGUUGGUUUGUGUCCAGCUACAUAUAAACCCACAGACCUUACCAUCUCGUGCACUUGGUCCUGUUGUAGACCAUUACAGACCUUUUUCCAGAGUAUUUGAGAUGUGGUAGUGUCUUGAAAAUGUGUUCGGUAAGCACAAAUAAUAGUGCAGCUACCUUAGAGUUUCGAUCAGUAUUAAAGCAAUAUUCCUUUUUCCCACAAUACUUUCAAGCUCAACAAGUUUCAGUGUUUUUAUAAGUAGUUUUAUUCGUAUUAUCCAUAAAUUAUCAGUAGCUACUCAAGUUUUACUGUUAGUAUUGUGUACUUUUAAAUAAUAUUUAAUUAAUAGGGAAAAUACUGUAUGUAAAUAUUAGGAUUUAAAAAAUUAUUAGAAAUAAUGUUAACCUCAAUAUUAAAGAACAUUAGCUCCCGGUUUAACUUCCGUAAUGUGACAAAAUUCUAAACCAGGACCAUGUAUUAAGUAGUUAAACAAUUUUGUCAGUGUUGUUUUUUUGUUGAUUUUAAAAUAACAAUACGUUGGACACUUUAAUAAAUAGGAAAGAACAAGGUUACAGUACAUGGUAAACAUUCAGACUUGAGUUACAUAAAUUGAAUCGGUUUGAACCAAAAAUUAUUGGCUAUCAUGGUCAUAACUGAGCAGUAUUAACUUCUCAAAGUCUGCACUGAUACACAGACUGGUUAAACAAGUUUUUCUUAGAAAAGUUAAGUGUUGUGCCUUUCGAUUCUUGUUCCUUUUGAAGGAUGAUUGAUUUUAGAUUCAUUUAUGAAAGGUACCUUACAGUUGGAAAUGCAGUAUGUAAUACCCUCUUUGACAGACAUCUUGAACCAAAGUCUCUGUUUAGGUUCUGUUUUGAAGUCCACUGUGUGGAUUUUGUUUAGAACCAUUCAGCUACAUGAUACAGUUGUCAUGUUCCAAUAGUAUAUGUCAUUCACAGUAUAGCAAUAUCUAGAGUAAUAGUUCUGAUGUUCAACAUAUGGGUGUUGAUAGUAAACGUGUCGUCAUCUUAUGCCUUUGAAGAUAACAGAUCCUAUUGUAACAAAUUAAAACUUGCAGUCAGGUCUUUCUUGACUAUUGUUGAUAUUACUUUGAAAAUUGAAAAGUAAACUGUUUUGUUAUGGUUGUUUUUCAGUGCUAUAAUGUUUCCCAAUAUGUAAUCACGAAAUACACUUUGUUAUAUUCAGUUGAAAAUGCUGAGUUCCUUGCACAAAGAGGGAAAUAAAGGUCACGCUCCUUGAGUGAAAUG